AAUUUCCACUCUGUCUGCCUCUUUCUUCUUCCCUCUCUCCCUCUUGCCUUCCGUCCCCGAGCGUCUCUGCGCUCCUCCAACACGCAGCUCUCUGCCGUCCCUUCUGCUCCUUCACUCGGAUGAGCUGAGAGCCGCGGGCGUGUGUAUAUGGAAAUAGUGGGGUGCCGAGCAGAAGACAAUUCGUGUCCUUUCCGUCCCCCAGCCAUGCUCUUCCACGGGAUCUCCGGAGGCCACAUCCAAGGCAUCAUGGAGGAGAUGGAGCGCAGAUCUAAGACCGAGGCCCGCCUGGCCAAAGGCGCUCAGCUCAACGGCCGCGACGCGGGCAUGCCCCCGCUAAGCCCCGAGAAGCCUGCUCUGUGCGCCGGCUGCGGGGGCAAGAUCUCGGACAGGUACUACCUGCUGGCUGUGGACAAACAGUGGCAUCUGAGGUGCCUGAAGUGCUGUGAAUGUAAGCUGGCCCUCGAGUCCGAGCUCACCUGCUUCGCCAAGGACGGUAGCAUUUACUGCAAGGAGGAUUACUACAGAAGGUUCUCUGUGCAGAGAUGUGCCCGCUGCCACCUUGGCAUCUCCGCCUCUGAGAUGGUCAUGCGUGCCCGAGACUCUGUCUACCACCUAAGCUGUUUCACCUGCUCCACUUGCAACAAGACCCUGACCACGGGUGACCAUUUUGGCAUGAAGGACAGCCUGGUGUACUGCCGCGCCCACUUCGAGACCCUCUUGCAAGGGGAGUAUCCACCGCAGUUAAGCUACACCGAGCUGGCGGCCAAGAGCGGUGGCUUGGCCCUGCCUUACUUCAAUGGCACUGGCACGGUGCAGAAAGGGCGGCCCCGGAAGCGGAAGAGCCCAGCGCUGGGAGUGGACAUCGUCAAUUACAACUCAGGUUGUAAUGAGAAUGAGGCAGACCACUUGGACCGGGAUCAGCAGCCUUACCCACCCUCGCAGAAGACCAAGCGCAUGCGAACCUCCUUCAAGCAUCACCAGCUACGGACCAUGAAAUCCUACUUCGCCAUCAACCACAAUCCGGAUGCCAAGGAUCUCAAGCAGCUUGCUCAGAAAACAGGCCUCACCAAAAGAGUUUUGCAGGGAGAACAAAUCUUGGGGCAUUACAGCCAAACAUCCCGACGUUUGAAAAUUCCCUAAAGUAUUAAAAGAAGGGGAAAAGUUUGAUCGGAAAUCCACUGCAGUGAAGACAAAGACAAUAUUAGGUUAUGAUAAUCAUACAUUUUAAAAUCUAUUGAGCCAAAAAAGAGAGAGAGAGAGAGAGAGAGAGAGAGAGACUUAAAUGUCAUUUACUGAAUGUUAACAAAAACUCUGUUCUUUAUGGUGUCUAACACAAAUGGAGGCUUAAAGUUAUGUGGUUUAAAACAAAAUUAGAUAAGCCGUGUAUAAACCAGAGCAGCCUGGCAGUAAUGUGCCCACCCCAUAUUUGAAGAAAAUUAUUAUUGCUAAAAAAAAAAAAUCCCACACAUUUGUCAAGCACAGUAAUUGUAAAAUAAAGUCCAAAAACAUCCAUUUCA